AAAAGUCGAGCUGGUUUGUGUGCUUCAUCGCCUGGCGGGUUCACAUUGUUUGGGAGGAGCAAGAGAGUUUAGACUGAUGAGGGGAAACACUGUCACAUCUGUAGCAUGAUAUCUUGCAGUAGGUCAAGUAAAAAGAAAAAGAGGUAACAGUUGGAGGGGUGCAGCACGAGGAUGUGUUUAUCUUUCAAAAUAUGCAAACGGGCGCUGACGUGUCAUGUUUAAAAAAGAAAGACACCACCCAAAUUAUGUAUUCACAACCCCACCCCCCAACCUCCAGGUCCACUCCCUCUGACCACAGCUCUGCUCAUCCCUGUCCUCGGCAGAGUGUCGGUGCUGCCCACAUUGUUGUCAGGCAUCCCUGAAGAGGAGGUGCAUUCAAGCUUGGAGACGCGAGCCAGGGGAGCGACCCACCUGCCUGCGUGUCUUACUUGUUCCCUUGUGCUCGUUCAGCAAGACCAGUCAGGAGCCUCGCCCGAUCUGGAGCUCAUCUGAAGUACAUUAGGCCCUGGAGAAGAACGGUCCUCUGUAUUCCAGCUGCGUUGACGCUCCACGCCGGGUUCCUAUUCGCUGUCAGGCGUACACCCAUACAUGUAGCAGCAGCUCCUCGGAGAGGCUGUUUGUGUCUCAAGUCCAAAUAUUUUCCAGAGGGCAAGACUAGAGAGAGGGAGAGGGAGCGAUCAAGGCGCUCCAAGAAGUCCGGGCUUUCUCCAUAAUAACUUGGGAAGACAAGUGAUCAGCGUGGCGACUGUUGGCAAAGGGGAAGAUUCAGGCUUCAGACGUAAGCCCUGUCGUCCCUCUCGCCGUGCACAGAGGAAGUUUCAAGGACAAGUCAUCAGCGUUCACAUAAAUACAGCUUCAAACAACAGGCACUCUCUGACAUUGAUUUUUGUAAAAGGCAUCUUCACGUUAGUCGAACAACAUGUCACGCUGGGGGAGAAAGAAUGUGAAGAAGACGCCAGAGGUGAUCCGCACCGUCACAGAAGGGCUCAAGUCCUUGUAUCGUAAGAAGCUGCUGCCUCUGGAGGAGUACUACGGUUUCCAUGACUUCCACUCUCUCAGCCUGGAGGAUGCCGACUUCGAUAAUAAGCCUAUGGUGCUGGUGGUGGGACAGUACUCUACUGGAAAGACCACGUUCAUCAAGUAUCUACUGGAGCAGGAUAUCCCUGGGAGCAGGGUGGGAGCUGAACCCACCACUGACUGCUUCACUGCCAUCAUGCAUGGGGAGGUGGAGGGAGUCAUCCCCGGGAACGCCCUUAUCGUAGACCCCAACAAACCUUUCCGCAAACUCAACCCGUUUGGAAACACGUUUCUCAACAGGUUCCAGUGCGCCCAGAUCCCCAACCAGGUCCUGGAGAGUAUCAGCAUUAUUGACACGCCGGGGAUCCUGUCCGGUGCUAAGCAGAGAGUGAGCCGAGGCUAUGACUUCCCGGCUGUGCUGCGCUGGUUUGCGGAGCGCGUGGACCGCAUCAUCCUGCUGUUCGACGCCCACAAACUGGAGAUCUCGGACGAGUUCUCCGAGGCCAUCGGCGCCCUGAAGGGCAACGAGGACAAGCUGCGCGUGGUGCUCAACAAGGCCGACAUGGUGGGCACCCAGCAGCUGAUGAGAGUGUACGGUGCACUCAUGUGGUCCCUGGGGAAGGUGUUCGGCACCCCGGAGGUUCUGCGCGUCUACAUUGGCUCCUUCUGGUCCGAGCCACUGAUGGUCGUAGACAACCGGAAGCUGUUUGAGCUGGAGGAGGAGGAUCUGUUCGCUGACAUCCAAAACCUUCCUCGCAACGCAGCUUUGCGCAAGCUCAACGACCUGGUGAAGAGGGCGCGUCUCGUUCGGGUCCAUGCCCACAUCAUCAGCUACCUGAAGCAGGAGAUGCCGUCUGUCUUCAGGAAGGACAAUAAAAAGAAGAAUCUGAUCUUCCAGCUUCCAGUGAUUUUCUCUAAGAUCCAGCUGCAGCACAACAUUUCUGCUGGCGACUUCCCAGAUUGUGCUAAAAUGCAGGAGCAACUGAUGGUUCAUGAUUUCAGCAAGUUCAAAACCUUGAAGCCGAACCUGAUGACGGGCUUGGAUGAAAUGCUCUCCUCUGACAUCGCCAAGCUGAUGCCCCUCCUGCGGCAGGAGGAGAUUGAUGCGGGCGAGCAACUCGGUGUGCAGGGUGGAGCCUUCAUUGGGACCCGGGCCGGACCGUUCAGAGAGGGUGACCCCUUCACGCAGGAGAAUGGAUGUGAGGAGGAGGAGGACUGGGUGGUGACCAAAGACAAGUCCAAAUAUGAUGAAAUCUUCUAUAACCUCGCUCCCAAUGAGGGCAAGCUGAGCGGCAACAAGGCCAAGGACUGGAUGGUGAGCUCCCGCCUGCCCAACUCGGUGCUAGGGCGCAUCUGGAAGCUGUCGGAUGUGGACCACGACGGCAUGCUGGAUGAUGAAGAAUUUGCCCUGGCCGGCCACCUGAUUGAGGUCAAGCUAGAGGGCCACGGUCUGCCCCCUGAGCUUCCCACACGAUUGAUCCCGCCCUCCAAACGCAGGCAGAAGGGCUCUGAUGCAUAGACAUGUCACAAAGUCCUGGGAGCUGAGAGAGACUCUUCUCUAUUGGCCGCGCUACUGUUUGUAUUUGCUCGUUUCCCCCCCAGACCCAAGUCCAAAUGUUUGUUUGUAAUGCGUUCAACUUCUCCUCCGAGAAAGAUUUUGGUCUCGCACAAUGGAACAUACUGUAUUAAAGGUUAAGUCAAUCCUUUAAGACUUGACUGCAAAAGAUUGUGUAUUGAGCAGUCACGGGUCUGGUUACUUCUUCCCUUUGGCUCCUCAAAGUUAGCUUUUUACGAUGAGUUUUUCAAAUAUAUCUACUAUUAAUGAUCUAUUAAUUUUAAGGGUGGUACCCUCUAAGUGAGCAGUAUUCAACAUAUAUUUGAAAGAAUACAGAGCUAAACUCGUAUGUGUUGAAUCCUUAAAAUAAAACAUUCCUUCAGUAACUAGAUUAGAGUGGCACAGUAUUGAUAAUAUGCAGGAUGUUUACUAUUUUCAGGUCUGGACAUUUCAGAGAGAAUGACCGCACUUGAAAAUUAUUUUUUGAUAACAUUUUCAACUAUAACUGGCAGCACACGUCUAAUAACCUGAAUGCAUUUCACUUUUGAUGCUUUACGUGCCACAGUUGUGUGCAUACACUUUAUACAUUAUUUUUGUAAUGGUUGCUUUUGUUUUGUAUCUGCCGGAGCGAGACAUCAGUUACAAGUACAUGACAUGCUGAGAUUAACUUGUGACUCAUCAAUUACUGACUACUGUACACAGCUCCUAACAAUGUUCUUAUGUUAACUUUUAUUGUAACCAAAUAAAAUUCCCUGACUGUG